GACAGGGGCUAAAGCGACGCCCAGGAGGCAUGUCCCUAUUCCAGGCCUUUCUAGGCUAGUCGAAUCACUAGAGCAGGCAAAAAAAAUAAACCUUGUGGGGAGGAGAUGAGUAGGGCAUGCGAAAACUGGUGGGCCAGUGGAUCUGUGCCUAUAUUGUAAGAGUUUGAUUCAAUAACCUGGAGAUUAAGUCCCCCCACCAUGUUGUAUAAUUCACUCUCUGCAGAUAUGGACUCCGAAACCAUUGAAGAAAUAUGUAAGGCCAUCAUUACAGCAGGUGCAGUGGGAGGUACUGUGGUUCUGACACCAGCUCUUAUAAUGGCAUUGGGCUUUGGGGCAGGUGGGGUAGCAGCAGGCUCCCUUGCUGCAAAGCUGAUGCCACUGUUUGGAACUAGCUGGUUGAUCGCCUCCCUUCAGUCUAUCGGUGCCGCAGGAUUUGGAUGGCUUGGCAUUUCGUCAUGGGGUGUGUUAGGAGCAUAUAUAGGGAACAAGAUAUCAGCUCUUUGCAACAUAACUGUAACAUACCAACCUGAUCCCUAAGAUGGAUGUGAAGCUGAUGAUCUUUUCACCACCAUUUCUGCAAAUGCUGUUCAGUCUUUUGAUAAAUAUUGCCAUAUCUUCCUUUGUGAAACACAAUAAGUAGAUGACAUAUCUAGAGUAAAUGAAAGAUGUUUUUUUAACCAUUAUUAUUUCUUUGAACAACAUGCUAUUUGUAUCUGUGCAUUUGGAAACUGCUUUUAGUCUUAAGUUAAAACAAAAUGGUGCUAAUGAUUCUUCAGGUUUUUUUAAUGAGACGAGAGACAAAUGCUACUAGACAGGUGUUUAAACAGCACAAGUAUUGCUAAUCUGAAUAACGUGGGCAUAUGUGAUCUUAUAAAAAAUAUUUGUCUUACUGCUUAAACAUUUAAAACAUUUGAAAAGAAUCACCAUUGAAUUGGUAAGAUGUUAUCACAACCUACUGAACCCCUACUGGUCAUUUAUUGUCACUGUAAUUCCUUCAUCUCUGGUUUCUUUCACUUUACAAUGCCUGUUUUGUCAAAGUAAAACAAAAAUAAUAAAAACUCAGCUUGUUCUAAAACACAAUUUUUUU